CUGGCCUGUGCUCCCCCUUUUCAUUAUUGUGCCAGGAUGCCUGGUCUAGUGAGACAAGCCUAGGCCUGGGCAUCUGAAACCCUGGGAUUCUAUUUCUGAAUCUACCACUGAGGAACUGGAUGACCUUGGGAAAAGUCACUUUUACCUUCCAGGCCUCAGUUUCCCCUCCCCUGUAAAACGAGAGUGUUGAAUUAGAGGAUUUCCUGGCUUCCUUCGAACACUAACAUUCUAUAUACUUGAAGGUUCCUCCCAGCCUGGACGUUCUGAGGGUCUACGACUUCUAAACCUGGGGUGCUCUCAGACUACGCCCCGUAUUCAACAAUCCCGUCCAGCCGGCGUUUAGGGAGCCUCUCCGAGUCAGGCACGGUGCUAGGCGCUGCGGGGCAGGCAGGAAGAAGAGCCUCCGCUCUCUGCCCUCGAAUAGCUUACACGCUUUUGGGUGAGACAAGACGGACCUACGGUCAUGAAUAAGAAAUGGGAAGGUUCCGCAGAGCCAAACUGCAGGUGCUGAGCCUCCUGGCCAGAGCAGGCAUCCUUCCUCUCAGUGAACUGGACCCAGCUUUACCUCCUCCUUUGUCAUUUCUCCAGUAGGAAUUCUUAAUACUUUCUUCGAAGUCCUAGAGUCCAGCCCCGUUUGUGACCUUGGGUGCCCGUGAGAAUGAUAGCAAGGCCCUAAGACCAUGUCCCACACCAUGACAUGUUGGCUUCAGCUCCUAAGCCUUCAUCUGGUGCUCCUGAACGGGGCUCCGGGGGCUGGCUGUCCAGCCCGAUGCGAGUGUGCUCCGCAGCUGCGGUCCGUGGUGUGCCACCGCAGACGCCUCACGGCCAUCCCAGAGGGCAUCCCUACAGAGACCCGAAUUUUGGAGCUGAGCCGCAACCGCAUCCGCUGCCUCAACCCCGGUGACCUAGCGCCCUACCCCCUCCUGGAGGAGCUGGACCUGAGUGAGAACAUCAUUGCCCACGUGGAGCCCGGUGCCUUCGGGAACCUGCUGCACCUGCAGACCCUGCGCCUGCGGGGCAACCAGCUGAAGCUCAUCCCCCCGGGGGUCUUCACCAAGCUGAGCAACCUCACCUUGCUGGACUUGAGCGAGAACAAGCUGGUUAUCCUACUGGACCACAUGUUCCAGGAUCUCAGGAACCUGAAGCGGCUGGAGGUGGGGGACAACGACCUGGUCUUCAUCUCCCAGCGGGCCUUCUCAGGGCUGCUGGCCCUGGAGGAGCUCACACUGGAGCGCUGCAACCUCACCACGCUCUCUGGAGAGUCACUGGCGCACCUCCAGAACCUCGGAGCUUUGCGGCUGCGAUACCUGGGCAUCCCCGCCCUGGAGGAGCACAACUUCCGCCGCCUGCCGGGUCUGCUCCAUUUGGAGAUCGACAACUGGCCGCUGCUGGAGGAGGUCACAGCCAGCAGUCUUCAAGGCCUCAACCUCAGCUCCCUGUCGGUCACCUACACCAACAUCAGCGCGGUGCCCGCCGCGGCCCUGCGGCACCUGGCCUACCUCACGUCCCUCAACCUCUCCUACAACCCCAUCAGCACGGUGCCGCGGGGCUCCUUCCGUGACCUGGUGCGGCUGCGGGAGCUUCACCUGGCCGGGGCCCUGCUGGCUGUGGUGGAGCCCCAGGCCUUCCUGGGCCUGCGGCAGAUCCGCCUGCUCAACCUCUCCAACAACCUGCUUGCCACGCUGGAGGAGAGCACCUUUCACUCGGUCAACACCCUGGAGACGCUGCGCGUGGACGGCAACCCCCUGGCCUGCGACUGCCGCCUGCUGUGGAUCGUGCAGCGGAGAAAGACGCUCAACUUCGACGGGCGCCUGCCGUCGUGCGCCAGCCCGGCUGAGGUGCGGGGCGAUGCGCUGCGCGCCCUGCCCGACUCGGCCCUCUUCGAGUACUUCGUGUGCCGCAAGCCCAAGAUCCGUGAGCGGAGGCUCCAGCACGUCACGGCCACCGAGGGCCAGGCGGUCAGCUUCUUCUGCCGGGCCGAAGGCGAGCCGGAGCCCAGCAUCACCUGGGUGACGCCCCAGCACCGAGUGGUGGCAGGCGCCGGUGGCGACAGGACCCGGGUGCUGGUGGGCGGCACGCUGGAGAUCCGGGAGGCCCAGGCCCAGGACAGCGGGACCUACGUCUGCGUCGCCAGCAAUGCAGGCGGCAACGACACGUACUUUGCCACGCUGAUGGUGCGCCCCGGGGCCAACCGGACCCUGGGGCCCGGGGAGCCGGGGGACCUGGCCGCUCGCAACGACACGCAGCUGCCGCGCUUCCCCCUGGACCUCACCACCAUCUUGGUGUCCACAGCCAUGGGGUGCAUCACCUUUCUGGGCGUCGUCCUCUUCUGUUUCCUCCUGCUCUUUGUCUGGAGCAGGGGACGAGGGCAGCACAAGAGCAAUUUCUCCGUGGAGUACUCCUUCCGCAAGGUGGACGGGCCAGCUGCUGCUGCGGGCCAAGGGGGUGCCCGCAAAUUCAACAUGAAGAUGAUCUGACUCCCCCCGGCCACCUGGGAUGACCUCUCCCCGUCUGCCUCCUUCCUACCUCCCUCAGGUGUCCCCUCCUUUCACCUGCCCCAUGGUGUGAAGAGGGACGGUUAGCCCUGGGUUUGGAGUUGGGGAGGAGACGACCUGGGAUCCAAUCCCAGCCCUACCAUUUACUAGCUGUAUGACUUAGGGGAAGUCCCUUCCCCUCUCUGGGGCCUCUGUUUGCUUAUCUGUAAAAUGGGGAGGGUGGGAGGGGAGAUCAAGCAAAUGAUUCCAAAGGUCCCUUCCCUUCUGACUAAAUGCAGUGGUCCUAUGAUCCUUCUCUCUACUGGGGAGUAGACCCCGCCCAGGGGGAAGGGGAAGGUGUCUAUCCAGAGGCACCUCAGCUGGGGUGAUGUGAUGUGGGGAAGGGGCGUGUAGUCACCCCAGUGUCUAGAGGGGGAGGGAACAUGGAAGAGAUUUCCAUGCCUAGGAAACGCAAGGCCCUGGCAUCCAGUGAGGAAAACCUGACCUCAGAACUUAAUCUCCCAUCUAUCCACCUCCUGCAGGCCCUGGGUGAGUGUCUCCCACCCUACCUUAACCUGGUUUUAAAAACAAUAAUCAACUAUGCAUUUCUCAAGGGGUGGGGAAGGAAAGGGGAGACACAGCCAGGGCUGGUGGAGGAGGAUUAAUUUCCUUUUCAAUAAUAGAAAAAUGCCUUCUGGCAGAGAUGCUUUUUUCCCAGGAUGCAUUUCUAAAGGGUUUUCAGCCAAGGUCUCCAAAGCCUUGAUGGGGCUGCAACUCUGGGGUAAACAGGAGAUGUUCUCCCUCCCUAACCCCCUCCUGCCCUAUGCAGAACUUAGGUUCCCCCAGAGAAGGGAAUGGAGGGGGCUGAGACAUCCUGUGCCAGCUCUCAGCUGCUUGUGAGGCACACAGGUGAGAAAUCAAUAACAUCCCCCCCCCCCAACACUGGGGGCUCCCGCCUGAAACAGCACCAUAGCCCAUGGUGUGUGUGUGGGGGGGAAUCAUGCAAUUUCCACCCAGUUCAUAUGAGCAGCUCAAACUCGGAGCCCCGGUGACCACAGAGCUGCCACCCAGAGCCUCCACCUAGGGGGCAGCUCUAGGUGCCCUCACUACUGCCUAUGGUCAUCAAUAGGGAUUGGAGUGACCUUUGCCCCCAGCAUCUCCCACUCCAUUUUCAUGGCUCAUAUUCUCUCAUACAGCCACAUAAGGGGGAUGAGGGAGGGAGGAGGGGAUUGACCAGAAGGAACAUGGGCUCAGCUGCCACACCACCAAAAUGCUUGGUGUUUAUGACCAGGUAAGUGGUCUGUUGCCCUAGUGGUUAGAGCUCCUCUGUGAGUGAGGCCAAAGCCACUGCUUCAAGUUGGUGAGUUGGCUUUGCCACGUUAUGUUCUGUGCCUCCAGCCAGAGGCCUGAACCCAACUCCCAGCUGAGGUCUGGACUCUAGACUGAUGCCUAACCCCACUCAGCUGUCUUACAUACAUGGGGAAUUCAUCAGAGAGGAAUGGGGAAGGGGGUGGGGGGGUUGUGAUAGGGAUGCAUUCAGAGGAGGGUGAUCUGCAUGGGGAGAGCACUGAUUGAAGGCCACGCCCUGUAAGAACCAGUUGAAGGGAACUCUGUGCUUAGUCUGGAGAAAAAAAGACUUGGGUAGGAUAUAGAUGAUCCUUGUCUUCAGGUAUUCUGAGGGCUGGCCUAUGGAACAGAGAUUUAUUCUGCUUGACCCUAGGGGGGCAGAACAAAGAGUAAUGGGUGGAAGUUAGGGAAAGAGAUGGGUUUUAGUUGUAUGUAGGGGGGGGGAAGAAAUUUCCCAACAAUUAACACUUGUGUCAAGUGGAAUGAAUUGUCUUGGGAGAAAGUUGGGUCCUACAGCACUGGCUCAAGUUGCCCACUAGUCGGGUACGUAACUUCCGUCUUGGAGACUGUAUAGACUGGACUCUAGAGGAGAGGGAGCGAUGGGGUCAGUGGGGAGGAGGAAGAAGCAGGGACAGGCAAAGGUGGCCUUGGUUUAAGAGAAACCAGCUUGGGCCCUGGGGCCUGGAAAUGGAGAUGGGAGGGAAUCAACCAGGAAAGAAACAAUUCGUUUCAGAGAAGAUAUGGAUGGGAUGCUCAUGGGAUUGUGGGCCCUGAAGGGGAUGAUGGCUGGCAGUGUGGUCCUCUUGCCACCCAGUGAAGCUUCUUUUCAAAGAGUUUGUCCCAGCAACAUGGGGAGAAGGGGAGGGGAAGGCUUGUCUUUAUAAACCAUCCUGUUCAGCCCCCUCAUUUUUCAGAGGAAACUGAGGCUCAGAAAGGUUAGGUGAGCUGUGAUGAAAGGGAAGGGGGAGAAGAGGGAUGGGAUGCUUGCCAAUGACCUUGUUCUUCCUCAAUAGUCGGGCAUGGGGGGUGGUUCAAAGGCCUGCUCAUCACACUCCAUUUCUCAUCCUGCUGCUCUCUAUUUCAAGAGAACUGGGUUGUGGCCUCGGUUUCCCCCUCUACAUGGUGGAGCUGGAGGUGGGCGGAAGAUUUAGACAACCCUGAUUUAUUUCAUUGCCUGAAUCAUUUCUUCAGUUUUGACCACCCCAGCAUGGCUUUUCCUGUCACAGAGUUGGAGCCCUCCCUUUACUGGGCAAUCACUGGAAGUUUGCUUAUUGGGAGGAAACACUUUUAAAAAAAAUUAUCAAUAAAAAAGUAGAAAUUAUAGUUACUUUUGUGUUCUCCAGAAUCAUAGUGACUAUGAAAUGUCACUGCAGGAAAAGUCCUUGGAGACCAUGUUGUAGGGAGGCAAUGUGGUACAAUGGAAAGAACAAUGACAAAUCCUGCUUCUGAUGCUGACUACCUGUGUGAACUUGGCCAAGAUGUGUACCCCCCCCCUUGUUUCCAUAU